AUGGCAGAAGCUGAGGAUAUUCAACCUCUCGUAUGCGACAAUGGAACAGGAAUGGUCAAGGCUGGAUUUGCUGGGGAUGAUGCUCCAAGGGCAGUUUUCCCGAGCAUUGUAGGGCGCCCUCGUCACACUGGUGUAAUGGUUGGCAUGGGCCAAAAAGAUGCUUAUGUUGGUGAUGAAGCUCAAUCCAAGAGGGGUAUUUUGACUCUCAAGUAUCCAAUUGAGCAUGGAAUUGUUAGCAAUUGGGAUGAUAUGGAGAAGAUUUGGCAUCACACCUUCUAUAAUGAACUUCGUGUGGCUCCGGAAGAGCAUCCAAUUCUCUUGACAGAAGCUCCACUUAACCCCAAGGCCAAUCGUGAAAAAAUGACUCAAAUCAUGUUUGAGACCUUCAAUACUCCUGCCAUGUAUGUUGCCAUUCAGGCUGUUCUUUCCCUUUAUGCCAGUGGUCGUACAACUGGAAUUGUUCUUGACUCUGGGGAUGGUGUCAGCCAUACAGUUCCCAUAUAUGAAGGUUAUGCACUCCCCCAUGCAAUCCUCCGUCUGGAUCUGGCUGGGCGUGAUCUUACAGAUAACCUCAUGAAGAUACUGACAGAGCGAGGCUACUCUUUCACCACAACCGCUGAGCGUGAAAUUGUAAGGGAUAUAAAAGAGAAACUCGCUUACAUUGCUCUCGACUAUGAACAAGAGCUAGGAACAGCGAAGACCAGCUCGUCUGUGGAGAAAAACUAUGAAUUGCCUGAUGGACAGGUGAUCACUAUUGGUGCUGAGCGAUUCCGCUGCCCAGAGGUCCUGUUCCAGCCAUCAAUGAUUGGAAUGGAAGCUGCUGGAAUACAUGAAACCACAUAUAAUUCUAUCAUGAAGUGCGACGUUGAUAUUAGGAAGGAUUUGUAUGGCAACAUUGUUCUCAGCGGUGGCUCCACAAUGUUCGCAGGCAUUGCUGACAGGAUGAGCAAGGAAAUUACUGCAUUAGCUCCAAGCAGCAUGAAGAUUAAGGUGGUGGCUCCACCGGAGAGGAAGUAUAGUGUAUGGAUUGGAGGUUCUAUUUUGGCCUCUCUAAGCACAUUCCAACAGAUGUGGAUAGCAAAAGCAGAAUAUGAUGAGUCUGGCCCUUCGAUUGUUCACAGAAAAUGCUUCUAA